UCUUUUAUAGCCGGGUCAGGCAGGCUAGCUAAACACCAAUCUCGGGCAUCCAGGAGCAGGGUGGUAACAGUACCGUCAACAUGUUUCGCUGUGUUCAUCCGCAGCUGGUUUUUAUUCUUUUGAGUGGUGUUGUGUGUGCUGAUGUGCUUUUGUCAGAAACUCCAGAGGUUUUUCCCACUUCAACUACAGAAGAAACCAAUACCCCAACACUUCCUGUAGCACAAAGCUCUACUGAUGGCAUAACGGACACCGCAACCACCAAUGAACCAGCUACGCUCUCCAGUACCAAAGUGACUUCCAAGCCUGCUCCAUACACCAACCAUGCAACUGCUGAGGUGAUUCUUACAACAGGACCUGCAGCUCCCAGCACUGCUACAAGUGUGGCUCCUACCACGAGUCCCAGCACUGCUACAAGUGUGGCUCCUACCACGAGUCCCAGCACUGCUACAAGUGUGGCUCCUACCACGAGUCCCAGCACUGCUACAAGUGUGGCUCCUACCACGAGUCCCAGCACUGCUACAAGUGUGGCUCCUACCACGAGUCCCAGCACUGCUACAAGUGUGGCUCCUACCACGAGUCCCAGCACUGCUACAAGUGUGGCUCCUACCACGAGUCCCAGCACUGCUACAAGUGUGGCUCCUACCACGAGUCCCAGCACUGCUACAAGUGUGGCUCCUACCACGAGUCCCAGCACUGCUACAAGUGUGGCUCCUACCACUGCAUCUCCACUACCCAACCCCACUGUUGGCAAUUACUUUGUCAGACCGGACCCUAACUCCUCUGUCUGCCUUAUGGCGAAGAUGGGCCUACAGUUCAGUUUUGUGCCGAGUGUGGGAGCAAGCGUACAGACUGUUAAUCUUGACCCAAGUCCCAAUGUUACGACUUUCAGUGGAAUGUGUGGAAGCUAUGGCAGUGAUGCUGUGCUCACACUGGCAUCAGGCACAAUUACAGUCCAGUUCAAGUUUACCAAUCAGACAAAUAGGUUCCACUUGAGGGCUCUGAGUUUCACUGUGGCCACUGGAAAUGGAAGCAUGUUUGUGGCAGGUAACAAUAACCUCUCUCUGUGGGAGGCAUCGCUGGGUAGCUCUUACAUGUGCCGGAAGGAGCAGAGCUACAACAUCACGGACAGCCUCACCCUGAAUACAUUUGAGCUUCAGGUCCAGCCCUUUGAUGUAACCAAUGAUGAGUUCAGCACAGCUGAGGAGUGCUUUCUGGAUGCUGACUUGAGCUUUCUCGUGCCAAUUGCUGUGGGCGUGGCUCUUGGCUUCCUAAUCAUCCUUGUGCUUAUCUCUUACCUGAUUGGUCGGCGGAAGAGCCGUACUGGUUACCAGUCUGUAUAACUUGCGAAGGUGUCAUCGGUGCUUGCUUGAGCUUGUCCCAUCUCUUCCACCCUUCUGUUCUGCCUGCCCAGUCACCCUUUUACCCACUUUUUCAGCCUGUCAUGCAAGUAAGCUGCUUUUGUGAAAUCCAAGCUUCUCGUUAAUUUAGUCUGUAAAUGAGCCUCAGCACUGGUAGCUCCCCUGUCUUGGCAGGCCACUGCAGCAGUGCUGACUCAGUCAUUUAGAGUACACGCAGAUUGUCCAAAUAACUGCCAACAUUGCACUAACAUUAAAAUGCAUGAAGUUGCUCUUUUUAAAGUUAUCUAUUUUCUCACUGAAUGAGGCUGUGCAGAUUGUGAUGAAUGGGUAACUUUUUUAGGGUUAGAUUCCUAACUUUAUUAAUCCUUUGCAUAAAGGGGUGAGCUAGGGCAGGGUGAUUUCAGGCGAUGUAUGAAGUUGGCAAGGAACAAGUUUCUCAGUGCUGGUCACACUAACACACUUGCCUUGUAGCACCUUGACUAAGGAAGGUACACUAAUAUUGACUGACUGUGAUGCAUCUCUGGAAUUUUGGAUGCUAGACAACUUCCUCUGCUUUGGGUGCUGGGUCCCCUGUGAGGGACAGGUAAUGUAGGUCAGGGUUAUAUAAUUCCAACCAACCUGUUGGCUACACCUGUUAAUUUAGUACACUAAAGGAUUAGUCAAAUUACAGGUAUUAAUGCUGUGGAUGCCUUUUGGUUUGACUUGGUCUGAUGCAUAAACACAAGGUUAAGGUUUUUUUUUUUUUUUCUUUUUUCUUCCUUCUAAUUACUAUAGACGUUAGCUAGGUGCAUUAAACCAUGGAGCCCAGACUACUUUCAGUCUCUCUACACUGUGCCUUGUGCUAGCCCAACCUUCUCCGUUCACUAUAGGACCUGUUUUCAGUGGAAGAGUGCCUGUUUUUGGUUGUUUCUCCCCCCAUGAGUAAAAUGUUUUUGGUAUUAUUUGGUAGUCUGUAUGAGUUCUAAGCACAUGACCCUGAAUAAUGUUGCUCCAACAGCAGCAGUGAAGUGUUUGUCAUGGCUAUAAAGCAUGUGUUAACAUCUUGAAGGUAAAUGGACUUGAUUACAAACAUGAAGUGUGGUUUAACAAUAAAAUUCUCUAACAACUGUCA